CAUAAAAAGAAACUGAAAGAUUGGAUAACGGAGACAAGCUGUAUCUAUAUAUGCAUUUUAACACUCAAGUCUUCUACUGACCACCAUCUUGCUCCUUCCUUUCACAAUAGCUAAUAUUACAAUUAUAAGGCAGGAUUAACAAAUAAUCCUGAUUUAUAAAUUAUACUUGUUAACAUUCUAAAUAUUUAAUCAGCUUGCUCACCUAAUUUACGGGAUAACCGGUGCUAUAAAAUAGUUGGUGAACAGGUACGAGAUUUAGUCUAACCUUUUUAUAUACGCUUCAACACUUAUAUAAUAUAUAUAUAAAGGGUUUACUGGAUCUCAACUACUAAAAGCUUUGUUUGUAUUCGAUUACUAAUACAAAGUAAAGUGGAUAGUGUUCAAGACCAGUUCUUGAUUACAUACUCCUCAUCUCAUCAGGAUUUUAUUAAACAUUUCAGACUCUUUAUAAUACAUAGUUGAUUGUCUUUCUUUAAGGCAUAUUUCGAAAGUAUUUUAGUGGUUUCAUUUUCACCUUUUAAGGGUAUGAUCUCUAAAACACUACGCGCAGUCAAAGCGCAGCAAUCAAAGCUAUUCUCUUCGAGGGUAUUAAGUUCGAAAUUCUAUAGUCAUAGACAUUUUUCAGUUAUCCCAGAUAUCCGCCAAUGUUUAUCUAGAAAUGCGAACGGUAUUCAUCCGAAGAACGGCUCGAAAUCUUAUGUACCCAAACUAGCUUCACGGGAUUUUCAUCAAAGCUCUCGCCUUUCUCAAAAUAAUUCAUCAAAACCGGAUCCCAAUUCAAAGGAUAAGGGAGAAGACAAGAAAAACGAUGAUAAGAAGAAAAAUGAUUGGGGUGGUGAUGGAAACAAAAAAGUAUUUGAAGUAGCUUUGAACGGAAAUACCAUACUUGGAAGUAUUUUAGUGACAUACAUCUUAUACAAUGUUUUAUCGCCUGGCGCAAAUAUGCAAGAAAUUACUUGGCAAGAUUUCCGUCAACAGUUUUUGGAUAAAGGUCUUGUUGAACGUUUAAUAGUUGUCAACCAAAACCGCGUCCGCGUGAUUUUACGUGGCGGCAUGCCUAACGCAUCUGGCCAGUACUACUUUUCAAUUGGAUCGGUUGAGUCUUUUGAUAGGAAACUAGAGGCUGCGCAAAAGGAACUUGGAAUUCCUUCUUCAGAAUAUGUUCCUGUAGCUUAUCACGAUGAAGUUUCCUUGCUUGGUACUUUGCUAUCAUUUGCCCCUACUUUAUUGAUUAUAGGAAGUGUCAUUUACUUGUCUCGUCGUGCUUCUGGUGCCGCUGGCGGAGGCCAAGGCGGAAUUUUUGGAAUCGGAAAAAGUCGAGCAAAAAUGUUCAACCAUGAAACGGACAUUAAAACCAAGUUCGCUGAUGUCGCCGGUGUUGAUGAGGCAAAAGAAGAAAUUAUGGAAUUUGUGAAGUUUUUGAAAGAUCCUGCAUUUUACGAACGAUUAGGUGCGAAGAUUCCUCGUGGUGCUAUUCUUUCUGGUCCUCCCGGUACAGGUAAAACCUUACUCGCCAAAGCUACUGCUGGAGAGGCCAAUGUUCCUUUUCUAAGCGUUUCUGGUUCCGAAUUCUUAGAAAUGUUUGUUGGUGUUGGUCCAUCGCGUGUACGUGAUCUCUUUGCGACUGCAAGAAAGAAUGCACCUUGUAUUAUUUUUGUGGAUGAGAUAGAUGCUAUCGGUAAAUCAAGAGGACGCGGAGGCCAAUUUGGAUCAAAUGAUGAACGUGAAAGUACACUAAACCAGCUUUUGGUGGAAAUGGAUGGUUUCACUCCCAGUGAACAUAUUGUUGUCUUUGCAGGUACAAAUCGUCCCGAUGUCUUGGAUCCUGCUUUGCUACGACCUGGUCGUUUCGAUCGUCAAGUUCAUAUUGAUCGACCCGAUAUCGGUGGACGUGAACAAAUAUUUAAAGUACAUUUACAACGUAUCAAAGCCUUUGAUGAUCGCAACAUAGUCGCUAAGCGUUUAUCUGUGCUUACUUCCGGAUUUACUGGUGCUGAUAUAAUGAACGUUUGCAAUGAAGGUGCUUUGAUUGCUGCUCGUGGCGGUAGUGACAGUGUUCAAAUGGUCCAUUUUGAGCAAGCAAUUGAGCGUGUUACCGCUGGUUUGGAGAAGAAGAGCCGAGUCUUGAGUCCUGAGGAGAAAAAUACUGUUGCUCAUCAUGAAGCUGGUCAUGCUGUUGCUGGUUGGUUCAUGGAAUAUGUUGAUCCUUUAUUGAAGGUAUCUAUUAUUCCAAGAGCUCAAGCUUUGGGUUAUGCUAGCUAUUUACCAAAAGACCAAUACCUUAUGAGUAAAGGUCAAAUAUUAGAUCAGAUGGGGAUGGCGCUUGCAGGCAGAGUUUCGGAAGAAGUAUUUUUUGGAACAGACAAGAUUACUUCCGGAGCAUCCGAUGAUUUCCAAAAGGUGACUCGAAUGGCUCAAGCGUAUGUUACUCAAUUUGGUAUGUCUCCUUCUGUAGGUACUAUUUCUUAUCCUAUGGAUUCUCGUGAAAGUGUUCAAAAACCAUUUUCGGAAGCCACUGCUCAAAUAAUCGAUGAAGAAAUAAGAAAACUUGUCAAAUUUGCGUACGAGCGUACUAGGAACUUGCUCAUAGAACACAAAGAAGGAUUAGAAAACAUUGCCAAACGUUUGCUCGAGAAGGAAGUUAUUACAUACAGUGAAGUUGAAGGAAUUCUCGGUCCUAGGCCUUAUGCCCAUCGCCAUAUGGAUAUUUCAGGAAUCAUGCGUCAGUAUGGAAACAAUACUUCAUCUGAUCAGCAACCCUCCCCUUCUGCGGGUCCUUCAACCAACUAAUGUAUAUUUUGAAGAAAAUGUUAUGGAAAAAUUAUGAAUGAUUAGAAUAGCAUUACAUUCAGUUAAUGAAGAUUCAUUAAGUUAAAAUAGCAUAUCAAGUUCCUGCGUAACUGAGCUGAUACAUGGAAAGAUGUUUAAACGUUCUGAUCGAGAGUGGAAGUAAAAAUAAAACAACAAUG